CUCGGGGCCAGCAGACCCUCGUUGAGAACUCAAAUAGGCUCGAGUAUGACCGCUGGGGAUACCAUCACUCCCACACACCCUUCUCGCCUCUCGCCUCCCCUUGGAGUUAUACCGUGUCCAAUCCUGGUCUACGCCUAUUCGCUCGUGCUGUAAGCAGCUCCACGAGUGGAUGAGAUACGGCGCUAGGAUCAGCUUAAGGCGGCUGCGAUGUGAUACAGUGGGUCUGCGCAGAGCCAUCUGAGUCCAUGACCGUCCUCGACAGCACCAAGGAGCAUCGCUCCAAUAGCAGCUUGAGCCCGCCCACAGAGGUCGAAGAGUCUCACGCCCCGAGCGCAGUGGCAGCGAUACGCAGUAGGCUGGGCCAGCUCGCGGCGUGGCUGCGGGUGUGCGGCGUCGAGACAAUCGGAAUUACUCCGGUCCCGGAAGAGGACCGCACAGAGACGAGGACGUACCAGCUGUUUCUGUUCUGGUUCGCCGCGAACUUGAACCUCUCGGGGCUGACAUAUGGUGCAACGGGGCCCGUCGUCUUCAAUCUCUCUCUCCGGGACUCAGUUCUAGUGAACCUGAUCUCCAACUUGAUUGCGGCUAUCUUCCCAGCGUAUCUCGCUAUAUUCGGUUCUAAGUUGGGGAUGCGCGCGAUGGUCCAAGCGAGAUAUUCCUGGGGGACGCGCGCCAUUGGGCUUCCGGCCAUCCUCAACGUCGUCACCUCGCUCGGGUACAUUGUCCUCGCGCUGAUCGUCGGCGGCCAGCUUCUCUCCGCGGCCUCCCCCUCAGGCACGCUAUCCCCGGCGCUCGGCAUCACAGCCAUCUCGCUCAUCUCGCUCGCGGUAUGCUUUUUCGGGUACCGGUGGAUGCACUGGUUUGCGUCGCUCGCGUGGAUCCCAACGGUCCUCGGUCUGCUUGUGAUGCUCGGCGUGAGUGCUCGAGAUUUGGCUCACGCUUUGUCUUCCGGGGCAGAAGAACCGCCGCGAGUCGGGACGCUCUUCUCGUAUGCCGCGACGGUCGCAGCGGCUAUCAUCUCGUGGUGCCCCGGUGCCCCGGACUACUGCGUCUAUCAUCGUGCGUCCAGUGCAAAGAUAUUUUUCUAUACGUAUCUUGGCAACUUUCUCCCUGGGGUGAUCACGGGCGUUCUGGGCGCUGCCUUCGCUGCAGCCGCCCCGAACAUCCCGGCGUGGAACACCGGUUACCAAGCGGGGAACGAUCUGGGCGGUCUGGUCGCAGCGACUCUGCAGCCUGUCGGCGGCUUUGGCAAGGUCCUCAUUGUGUCGAUGGCGCUCGCUAUCACCGCGCUGACGCUCCCCUCGAUGUACUCAUUCGGAUUCAGUCUCAUGAAUGUGACCCCGUACUUUGCGAGGGUGCCACAAUACGUCUAUGUCGUCAUUGCUACAAUACUAUGCAUCCCCCUCGGGAUCUUCGGGGAGACGCACUUCUACUCCGUGCUCGUCGUCGGUGUUGACAUGAGCGGUUACUGGUCCGCGUCCUACGCCGCUAUCAUUAUCGUCGAGCACCUCCUGUUCCGACGCGCCCGGUUCUCGUGUUAUCCCCGGCAGCACUGGGACGACCAGAAGCACAUGCCCCCGGGCUACGCGGCGACAUUCGCGUUCGUCGCGUCGUUCGCGGCCGUUGUCCCGUGCAUGGCGCAGGACUGGUACACCGGCCCUGUCGCAAAAAUCACGGGCGAUGUCGGCGUGUGGGCGGGGUUUCUCGCGGCGGCGGCCGCGUACGGUGUCGGCCGGAGUCUGGAGAGAAGAGCGUUUGGAAGGUGAUGGGAGUUUGAGUCAGUAGUGCGAGAUAGGUAUGCAUCACCGCUCGAAGUUCUUACUUCCGUCGCGCCGAUCAAAUUGAGCUGAGGAUGGCGCAACCUGUCCCUACUACGCCAGAAGCUCGGAUUUAGAAUCCUCCCCCCGGAUCUUCACACCGCUAUCCCCUAUGCAACAGCUGUGCUCGACAAGUCCCUUGGGUGAGGAUGCCAAGCACGUUUCGGUCUGUAUUCGUCCCGCUGGGCGCGCGCGGCUUGCGGGGAGCGCAUCCAGGGAAUGGAAAAGAAGAAGCAGGGUUCAGUUGAUUAUCGCGCCGUUGAUUAUCGCGCAGCCAUCGGAACCCCCCUCCGACCCCGCCAGAACAGAAACAGAAGCGGAUCCGCGUCCGGAGGCGGGCGUUCUUCGACAAGUGGGGAUGAACGUCCAUGUCAACCCACCUCCUGGACUGAGCUCCACCGGCCCGGGCGGCCGGGCGGUCGUGUUAUGUUUUCGUUUUCGGGCUAGAAGUGUGAGGUAUUUCGCCACGGAUUGGGAAGACCCAGUCGCACACGGUUGCAACUUGCUAGAGACGACCGUAGGCAAUUUCUGGAAGCGAUUUAUGUUGUGUUUUCAUCUGGUUCUGCUUCCCUUCUCGGGGCGAGCAAGCGCUGUUGGGUAUCGUGUCGGAAAUGUACCAGUGGAGCUGCUAUCAAAACCGACUGAGAUUGCGUACAAAGCGCGGUUGAAAACAUCUUCUAUCAAAUCUAAUACACUCUAGUAGUUCUCCGGUGUCAAAUCAGAGUGCCGUGUUCCGAGCGAGAAGGACUGUGCUUCAUCGAUACUCCGGGGAGGGGCCAGCUCUGGCCUUGUGAUGCAAAUGAAAGAACACUCGCGGCGGAGGAAGCGGGUCGAGGCUCCCCUUCAGGACUCCCGUUCUCGCGUUGACUCAGCGGCGAGGGGGGACUAUUCCGAACAGCAGCGAAAAGAUGCCGCGAAGAAGCGGCUUCGACGAGGCUAUCACACAUGCGCAGCCGUCUCGUGGUCGAGGCUUGAGAGCGGAGCUGGUUUCUGAAUUUGACAUGCAACUUGCACCGGUCUCGGCCGUCCUGUUGCUACUGCUGCUGCUGCAAGGACAACCGGGUCGGUGUGCGGUUUCGUUUAUCGGUGGAGGAGCUCGAGGAUCUCGGCCGAUCAUGCGCGGGGACUCACGUGUGCGCCGACUGACGUGCGCGAUGACCUCAUCGUCGUCCUCUACGACUACGAUGUGUGCUUGCAACGAGGCUGGCGGGGGACAACGCGGGAGAGGGGCGAGUGCGACGACUCACAGGCCAGGCAACGUGCAGGGUCCAGGCAGGUGUGUUGCUACGUAAAUGGCACCCAGGCUGCCGUAAGGUGAAGCAGUCCCAAUUUUCUUGCACGCUCGCCUUGAUCCGGGGCCGGCCUCAGAAGCCUUCACCCACCAAAGAUAGCGGACAUGAUAUAUCCUCGACAGGAGUCUCCCGCCAUCCGCGCGCAGAUAAGAUAUUCUGGGGCCAAGGACGCCCAAGCUGUUGAGAGCUGUUAUACAAAGGACGGAAUGACCCUGGUGAUCUCGGACGAUUGAUCUCGGACGAUCGACAGAAGAAAGUCUUAUCCCUUUCUGACAGCACUCCAAAUCGGGCGAGUCUCGAUUCAGACAGCGGGUAUAUAUAGAACCUUUUCUUCGCUCGGCCAUGUUUCGCUUUGUCCUCGCUCGUGGGCUGCUUUAAGUAGCGACCUCCCCAAGCCUCCCACCCCUCCCUCCCACCCUUCUCACUACGGCAACCUCAACGAAACAACCAUGGCCACUGUCGCACCUUUUCCUAUCUCUGCCCUCGCCGACCCGCUCAAAAACACGGCAUUUACCGACUCGCUGUCGACGAGCAAAGUCGGAUUCGUCGUCGAGCCUUCGCUGACCGACGGGUGCUUCGCCAUUGCUCGUGUCCAGGGCGCCAUCCGCCUCAUCCAAGUUCCCCGCAUGCCCGCCUCCGCACUCGCCGCGAUCGACCUGACCGUCUUCCGGCACGAGUUCAUCCAUAUCUUCCGCGUGCUCGAGAAACGCGCGAUGCACCCCGCGGACGUGCACAUCCUCGAGCGCAUCGACGCGGGCGCCGUCACGUGCGACGAGGACAGCGACAGCGUGUUCCUCGCGAAGGCCGUGCUCGAGCGCCUCAGCCGCCUCACGAGUCCCGUCGCGCAUCGCUACGGCGCGAUUGGGAUGGGCCAUUCCCGGUCGUCGAGCCACCCCCCGCGGCAGCACCGGCGCCACUGAGGCGUAUCGUGCGCGUGCCGUGCUGGGCUGGGCUACACCCGGGGGUGUAGCACUUAACCGAUGCGCCCUAUGCCCGCUAACGUCGCCUGCCAUGUUACCUGCACGCCCCCGCCACGUUUCCCGCCACAUGAACGACCGCUCCACUCUAUCUGUCCCCCUCCACUCACACCUUAGCAUCGCAUAUUCAUCACAUGUAUUUUUACCAAGCUAUCAUCCAUCCUCAUGUUAUCGACUUUCUCGGUUCUCUCUUACUACGCGUCCUGUACCCUCCGGCGUCUCUUUAUUGUGUACAUAUUGACCUGAUCCACACGGCCCAUCGCCAUUAAUGACAUCCGCGCGCGCACAUACCGCGCCGUACCAUACUUUUCUUUGUGGACCUAAUGCCAGUCCUCAAUACUCCGGUGAGAUUAUCUGUUGCAAAGUAAAGCACGGCACGCUUCUUCGGCCUGCUCGGUGUGCCAUCCAUCCGGGAAUCAGUGACAUCAUAGUUGACGUCCGCGCGCUGCGUCGGUGAUCAUGCGCGUAGACCUUGUGGCGCGGCUCCACCACCACCACCAUGGCCAUGCCGGACGGACAGAUCCGGGGAGGCCCAUGAUUGAGAUUCGAGAUUCGAGAUCCAGAUUCCAAGCGCGACGGCUGAACAUUCUUAUAUCCUCCGCUGUGCCGCGGAGCGAGAUCCAGCCUGCACCAUUCUGCCCGUCGUUCCCGCCAGCGAAGGUAUGGGUUUGAUGAGCGAAUCGCGUCGUCACUGGUGGGGCGGACGGGCGAUCGUUUCAACGGCGGAUGCGGCUUGUUUCGUCGGAGGCAUGCGUGGUUCUUGUUCAGGAUGAAACACGAGAAUAAGGUGUGGGUGCGAUGAAGCCAAGCAUGUUACCGUACACGAGGGCCAAACAGGUACUGAAAGCGUCGCUACAUGUAUGAGGGCUGCAAUGGUUGUUGAUAUGAAUGGCAGGAGUGCAUAAUUGUAAGUGACAGGUAGGGAUGGCACUCAGAAUUCUUUCCCGCAGAUAAUUUGACAGGAUCAGGAAAUGUUGUUGCGCGUGUGUACAAAACCAAUGAGAUGGAACGACAAAAUGGACUAUACCGGAG